AUGAUCAAUAUAUUUGUCGGUUUUGUUAUUGUCACAUUUCAACAAGAAGGGGAACAAGAAUAUCGGAAUUGUGAACUAGACAAAAAUCAGUAUAAUGAAGAAAUAAUAAUGCUGAAUGGAUUACCACAAAUUUCAGUCACUUCUCUAGAAUUACCACUAAACGACCGCCGAAUAAAGAUGUCGUCGUAUCCUACGCUUACAUCUACGUCGGCGCCAUCACCGAUGAUGGUGACUGAUGAGUUAAAACAAACACACAGUUUUUGCUUAUUGAUGUAUAUCAACGAUCCAGGAAUUAUUAUGAUUCCAUCCACAGUGGAUUUAUUCAAUUUUUAUUUACAACCAAUAGAAUCGAAAGAGAUGAAUGAAAGACUAUGGGCUGUAUUUCAACUGACUAAUAGGAGGAGGAGGAAUUCAAUGUAUCCGUAUUAUUCUUCAAACUCAUUAUUGACGCCUAUAUUACAGUAUAUCAAUAAUUCAUUGAGUAUAAAUCAAAUUGAAUUACCCGUCAUUAAGCCAUCAUCAAACACAAUACAUGUGUUCACUUUUACCCUAUUCAACAGCCUAUUUGUUGAUAACGGUGUUAAAGUGAUUGGAAAACUAACCUCACCAACGAUUCCAUCAUGUCUACAGGAGAAUAUUCCAAGCUUUUGUUUAUCCUUAAUUAACUGUGAAGCGAUUAUGCCAAGUGUGCAAACAACACUUGAUGAUCAUUCAGAGAGUGUACCGCAACAACGACGUCGUUACAGGCGUGAUGUAUCAUCAGCCUCCUCGUCCUCCUCCUCGACAAAUUCAACAGAUACAAAUCAAUCCAGCCCUACUGGUCUAAGUCCUGGCCUCCUAGCUGUUGCUAUUAUUGUCCCGAUAAUCGGUGUUGCCGGGUUAGCUGUAGGCGGUUAUUUCUUAUAUCGUUGGUUGCAUUCACGUCGGGCAGCUCAUGGCAUAUAUCAUCCUAAUCAAAUGGAGAAUAAAGCCAAUGCUUUCAAAGAGCCGGAACCACAGACAAUUAUUAAAAUACCACAAGAAGAAAGAUUAAUUUAA